AUGGAUAGGAUGCAGACAGAGGGUUUGCCGUUGCCCUCUGACAUCCUAGACAGCCUCGCAACGGAAAGAUCUGUCGGCCCCGCGCCAGAGAAGCUACCCUCGGGCAUCAAUGUCCUCGACGCAGUUGGCCUCGUCUCGCAAUUGCAUGCAAGAGGGGACCUCCCCCGACCCUUGGCAAAUUUCGCUUAUUUCGUUUACGAUAUGCUUGCAUAUCUAAGUACUGCACCCUUCUACCGCCGGCCGGGCGAUCAGGCGCCUCCGCGCCUUAGCCUUCCUCAACUCUACCGUGGGAUAUUCUGGAUCCUCCCAGACGCCCAGUGUGAUUUAUUUGGAGGCAGCCCCGGUUCCCGUCGACGUACUGCGGCGGAUCACAGGAGACUCCUGUUCCAGAGCUUGGCGAGGAUGGCGUAUAUGCCAGAACAGGACGACUCAGCCGAGGCACAAAAGCGAGCUGCUCGUAACUCGUAUUCCGGAAUACUCCCAGCAGAUGUGUCGGCAGACCGACUUUCCGUUAAUUAUGAUGAGGACGGCGAUGAGAUCUACCAUGAUGUAUUGGAUGCUCUGCAUGCGGCUCAGCCUCUGCGGGGGCAGGCAGAUCUAGGAAGGCCGCGAGAUAGCUUUCGUGAAGAAGCCCAGGCACUGACGAGAGGACUACCCAGGCUUUGCACGCUGGCUAUUCCCGUAGACUAUUUCACCAAGUUUAUUAUUCUCUUGCUGGCUCUCCAGUUCAGGGAUAGCCGGGAAGGGCAUAUGUUAUCGCAGUACGAAGAAGCAGCAGAGAGCAUAGUCUACUCGUUCUGCAAAGGCCGGGAGACGGAUAUAAUCAGAUGGCCGGAAUUUGAUGAUGCGCUCAAGAACAUGCCCUUUCUAUUUCACCCACUUUACAGACUCCUAUCUACGGCGUUUCGGGAAACUGUGGAGUACACCGGGAGAACGCAGUGGGCAGCACCAAAGUUGCCCCCGGAUAGCUUUAUAACAUUAUCACGCCUAAGCCAACUGGCGACCAUGGUGAACGAAGAUUUGGAUUUUGAGAACUUUGAAAGAGUUCAUCAAUGGAACGGGCCUCCUCUCGCUACAGCCAAAGAUCUACUCGCCACUAUUGAGGGAAUGCCCUCUGUCAGUAUCCUCGCCAUGUGCGGAAUGUCUCCCAAAGGUGAACUGGUCAUCUUUGGCAUCUUUGUCCCAAUGUUUAUGGGAGCAUCACACACCAAAACGGGGAAUGAAAAUCGUGAACGAAACUCGGUUGGGCCGGCAGGUGUUCCAACGUCGGUCGAGAUGGACGGUGCUCACGAUUGGGUCUCUGGCUCAUCUGUCGCAAGGUCAUUUAUGUUUGUGCUUCGUCCGGAGCAACGUAUAAUUCGUUUCAAGGGAAAUCCUUGCAUCAUCGGUAGCCAUCUCUACUUUGGGGAUGCGUUGAUUAUGUCUAACAACGGAACUGUAGUCAUCAAAUAUGGGACUGGCAGUAUGAGAAUUAAUGUUGAAGCUAUCGAGAUAUGGGGCGAAACAACUUUAAAUCCUACGGCAAGGUUUAACUAG